GCGCGGAGUCCCGAAAUUUUCUCGCCCCGGGACCCUGCCGCCGCCAGGGUGAGAGGCAGUACUAACACGUUUCGGGCCAUAAAUUACGUUACGGCAAAAAAGGGCCCUUUGGCGGCGGCGACGCAGACGCGCUUGACAAUGCAGGUCCCAGUCUUUCGCUUACCUGCUCGCAAAGUGUUGGGAUAGACAAACUGCCCGCCGCCUUAUAUUAAUGUCGUCCUGCCCACCGCCACUUUUGCUCUCCCCCCUCCAUCCCAACUUUUGUUGCUCCUCCCUUCCGACUACCUUCUGCCUCGUCGUUGACUCGACUGUGGGUGAAGCUUUCCGUCGUUGCUCGAGCUCUCUUGCUCACCCCCGGAGCCCGGACAAUCUUUUUUUGAGUCGCUAGCCGUCUCCCCCCAUCACUUCAUUCGCUUUCCCUACACACCACCUUACCGCUACAUCUUUCAACAUGCCUUCUCACCAGCCUACUGCUGGCAUGAUGGCCGUCGACCCCGACUACGUCAAGCAGCCCUCCUCAAUGGCAAGCACCUCGGAGCCCAACCGCAACCCCAAGUACGACCCCAAGAAGCCACACAUCACCGAUACCCCCAUUACAAAGUCCAACUGGUACAAGCACGUCAACUGGCUCAACGUUACCUUCAUCAUCGGAGUCCCCAUCAGUGGCUGCAUCGCUGCCUUCUGGACACCGCUCAAGUGGCAGACUGCCCUCUGGGCCGUCAUCUACUACUUCUGGACCGGUCUCGGUAUCACGGCCGGCUAUCAUCGUCUCUGGGCACACAAGUCAUACAAUGCCAGCCUUCCUCUGAGCAUCUUCCUCGCUCUUGUUGGCGGCGGUGCUGUCGAGGGCUCCAUCCGCUGGUGGAGCCGCGACCACCGUGCCCACCACCGCUAUACCGACACCAACAAGGACCCCUACAGCGUACGCAAGGGACUUCUCUACAGCCACCUUGGCUGGAUGGUCAUGAAGCAGAACCCCAAGCGCAUUGGCCGUACCGACAUCACCGACCUUAACGAGGACCCUGUCGUUGUCUGGCAGCACAAGAACUACAUCAAGGUUGUCAUCUUCAUGGGCCUCAUCUUCCCCUCUGCUGUCGCUGGUCUCCUCUGGAACGACUGGAAGGGUGGCUUCAUCUACGCUGGCAUCCUCCGCAUCUUCUUCGUCCAGCAGGCCACCUUCUGUGUCAACUCACUCGCUCACUGGCUCGGCGACCAGCCCUUUGACGACCGCAACAGCCCCAGGGAUCACGUCAUCACUGCGCUUGUCACUCUCGGUGAGGGCUACCACAACUUCCACCACGAGUUCCCCUCCGACUACCGCAACGCUAUCGAGUGGCACCAGUAUGACCCCACCAAGUGGUCCAUCUGGCUGUGGAGCAAGCUCGGCCUCGCCUCCAACCUCAAGCAGUUCCGUGCCAACGAGAUCGAGAAGGGCCGUGUCCAGCAACUCCAGAAGAAGAUCGACCAGAAGCGCGCCAAGCUCGACUGGGGUGUUCCUCUUGAGCAGCUUCCUGUCAUCGAGUGGGACGACUACGUUGAGCAGGCUAAGAACGGCCGUGGUCUGAUCGCUGUCGCUGGUGUUGUUCACGAUGUUACUGAUUUCAUUAACGAGCAUCCCGGUGGCAAGACCCUGAUCAAGAGCGGCAUUGGCAAAGACGCUACUGCCAUGUUCAACGGUGGUGUCUACUUCCACUCCAACGCUGCCCACAACCUGCUCUCCACCAUGAGGGUCGGUGUCAUCCGUGGUGGAUGCGAGGUUGAGAUCUGGAAGCGUGCCCAGAAGGAGAACAAGGAGGUCAACAUCGUCAAGGACGAGCAAGGCAACCCAAUCAUCCGCGCUGGCAACCAAGUCACCAAGGUUGCUCAGCCUAUGCUCAGCGCCAGCGCGGCAUAGAAUGUUUCCUUUUUUCGAUUUUAGCGAUACUCUCGGCGUUUGGGGGGAAUGCCUUUCCACCUUUGAAGAAGUGGCAUAAUAAGUUUGUUCUUUUCCUUUCAUUCCUUUCGCUAUCGAGUAUCAGGGUAUGAUGCUCAAGUACCAUUAGACCGUGUAUGUUUAUAGCCUUUGAUAAGCAGUUUGCUUGGAAAAGUGAGCUUUACCGUCUAUAUAUUAAGACGUGAUGUUAUCAUCGACUUCACCCUUUAGAGCUAUGUGCAAUUAUGUACUGUGACUGCUGC